AUUUUUUUUUUUGCCUUCUAAAUAUAUUUUUAAGUUAAAAACAAUAAUGAAUAAAUCGCUCGAAACUACGAAUACAUCCGGUGACAAGAAGAAAACACAAAUUUCAGACUCGAAACCAUCCAGCAUUAACGUCAAUAGUUUCACUCCAACACCUAUCAAAGAGAAUAUAGAACCAAACGAAGAAUUGGAUGAUGAAAUUGAGAUAACAUAUACAGAUUUUCACGAUGAAUCGCAAUUGAAAAUCGUGCAAAGUAUUAUCGAUAAAGAACUCUCCGAGCCAUAUUCCAUAUAUACGUAUCGCUAUUUUGUCUACAAUUGGCCCGAAUUGUGUUUCUUUGCCUGUCAUGGGGAACGUUAUGUGGGCGUUAUAGUAUGCAAAUUGGAACCACAUCAGACAAGCUGGUUACUUCAGGGUUAUAUUGCCAUGUUGGCUGUAGAAAUGCCCUAUCGUAAGAGAAAAAUCGGUACGUCUCUGGUACAAAUGGCCAUUGAGGCAAUGAUAGAUCGUAGUGCUGCCGAAAUUAUUCUCGAGACCGAGUUGAGCAAUAAGCCGGCAUUGGCCUUAUAUGAAAGUCUUGGUUUCAUACGAGAGAAACGUCUAUUGCGUUACUAUAUGAACGGUGUGGAUGCAUUUCGUCUAAAACUAUGGACACGUGAUGUGACGCCGCAAGAUUCGAGUGAAGAUUAUGUAUAAAGUGUAUGAUUUAACAAA